AUUUCCUAUGGCAGCGGUACUGCGGCCUCGGCCUCGCCGCCAUCUUGAAUGUUAAUGUUUCGUCGCAAAACUAAUUUCUAUAUAAAUAUCCGUAUUAUUCUUUAUCUCUGUUAACCCUUCAUUAUCUUUAUGUCCGUUUUGACCAAUAAACCCGCUACUUCCGUUUGUUUUGCGUCGGGGUCGGACUUUUUUUUUUUAACCCCUCCGGUUCCGUGUAAGUGAUUAUUUGUGUAAUUUUAGGGAGUUCUGACGCUGACUGGACGUUUAUGAGGUGAGAAGCUUCGCAGGGACCGAGUGGAACCGCAGUGACACUAUGUGACCAAGUUUAAAUGCUGCUGUUGUGGAAGGAGUGUAGAUAAAGGUCCAAUAUUCAGCCUGGGGUUUAUAUGUACAAUAAGGUGAAACCAAAGAUUAUUAACUGGUUUCUCGGGUCCGAUCCGGAGGGUGACUAAAUGCAACUAGGUCAGAUUGUAUGUUGGCAUGAAGUGGUUGGGCGAAUCCAAGAACAUGGUAGUGAAUGGCAGGAGAAAUGGAAACCGAUUGUCUGCUGAGCUUCGACAGAACCAGCCAAAACUGCACAGCCCUGGGAGAGAGAAUUUAAGAACCAGCAAAAAUGUUCCGGACAGAAGAUCAGGCAGGUUUGGUAAUGUAGCAUUUGAAGCACAAAGUCGCUAUGUACCAUCAUCUGGAAUGUCCGCUAAGGAGCUGAGUGAAAAUGAUGACCUUGCAACCAGUUUGGUCUUAGAUCCCUACCUAGGAUUUCAGACACACAAAAUGAAUGCCAGAUUUCGCCCUAUAAAAGGACGUCAGGAAGAGCUAAAGGAGGUGAUUGAAAACUUUAAGAAAAAAGAACAUCUUGAAAAAACCUUCAAAAAUUUAGUAGCAGGUGACUGGUCUCGGCACUAUUUCCUCAACAAGACCAAAAUGCAGGAAAAGCAUUUCAAGGAGCAUGUUUUUAUCUACUUGAGAAUGUUUGCAACUAGUAGUGGCUUUGAAAUUCUGCCUUGCAAUAGAUACUCCUCCGAGAGAAAUGGAGCCAAAAUAGUUGCAACUAAAGAAUGGAAGCGGAAUGAUAAAAUUGAGCUGCUUGUGGGCUGCAUUGCUGAAUUAUCUGAAGCAGAGGAAAACAUGCUUCUACGUCAUGGGGAAAAUGACUUUAGUGUCAUGUAUUCAACAAGGAAAAACUGUGCUCAGCUGUGGCUCGGGCCUGCUGCCUUCAUCAACCACGACUGCCGGCCUAACUGUAAGUUUGUAUCCACUGGCCGUGACACUGCAUGUGUUAAAGCUCUCCGAGAUAUUGAACCUGGAGAAGAAAUCUCUUGUUAUUAUGGGGAUGGUUUUUUUGGAGAAAACAAUGAGUUUUGUGAAUGUUACACUUGUGAAAGACGUGCAACUGGUGCUUUUAAAUCACGUGUUGGACUUAAUGAACCAGGCCCUCUGAUAAACAGCAAAUACGGACUCCGGGAAACAGACAAACGCUUAAACCGUCUAAAAAAACUCGGAGAUAGCGGUAAAAACUCAGACAGCCAGUCAGUGAGCUCUAAUACUGAUGCAGACACAUCUCAGGAAAAAGACAUGUCAAAUAGAAAAUCGAAUGGAAUGCGAAAGAGAAGUAAAAGCAGAACACUGAGGAGACGGUCCAUGUCCAGAAUUCCCGUUUCAUCAUCUUCUACCUCAUCCAAGCUUCCUCACAUUAAUAAUUCCAGGGUACCAAAGAGACUAAGAAAGCCUCCAAAGCCUUUUCAUUCAAAAUUAAAGAUAAGAUGUCAUCGCAAAAAAGUAGAGCAAAAGAAAGCUUCUAAGAAGCUUGAAGUUUCAAACUUGGUUCUUAAAGAACCUAAAGUUGUGCUGUAUAAAAACUUGGCAAUCAAAAAAGAUAGGGAAAGUCAAGGUGCAGUUCCAGUUACUGAAACGACUGGUUGUUUAACUAGACACGCUGCAAGAGAAUAUAAACUAAAUUCCUUAAAAGGUGCUCAUUCUCAUGGUGAACCCUCACCGUGUACUUACAUCACUCGGAGUUCUUUGAGAACCAGAUUUAAAUCCAACGAUAUGUCCGAGGCUAAGCUUCAACACAAUUCAGUCGAUGGUUAUAGAAGCAGCCACGGAACUGUUCUACAGGUGGAUAAAAGUGAACCACUCUGUCAGUCAACUUGUAAAAAUGAACUGCUUCAAGAAACCCCAAGGCAAACUAUCAGAUUUCACAGGAACAACUUUAACACAUCUACAAGAAAUUCUCAACAAAAUCGAUAUAUCAAGCAAGCCUCCAAAGUCGAAGAUUCAGUGUCGUCCGUCUAUGAUCAAUCAAGCAAAGACCAUGCAUUACCAGACUUAGGAAAUUCACAUUGUGAUUUAGGUGAAGGGAAUGCCCUCAUUCAGACUUCUCCCGAUUAUAAGAGCUUUGAAAGCUCCGCAGACGAAUACCCUUUAGUGACUUCUGAAAUUACCAAGACAAAAAAAAAUAAUCGGACUGCGAAAAAUAAAAAAAGCAGACGCAUAACCAGAUAUGAUGCACAAUUGAUUCUUGAGAACAGCACUGGAAUUCCAAAGCUAACCCUUCGAAGGCGACAUGACAGUAACAGUAGCAAGACCAAUGAAAAGGAGAAUGAAGGGAUGAGUUCAUCAAAAAUAAGCAUUAAAUUAAGCAAGGAUCAUGAAAAGGACAACGGCUUGUAUGUUGCAAAGCUCAACAAUGGUUUUAACUCAGGAUCAGGGAGCACUUCAACAAAGUUGAAGAUACAGCUAAAGCGGGAUGAGGAGAACAGAACGGCGUUUCCUAACGAGAAUGGAAUGUAUUGCAAUGACACCUUAUCUCUGUUGGAAACAAGAAUGAAAGUUGAUGGUUAUGAUCACUACGAGGAGGAAAGUGUAGAAGAGUCUUCAACAGAAGAAGAUGAAGAGGAGGAAGACGAGUAUGAUGAUGAAUUUGAAGACGAUUUUAUCCCCCUUCCUCCAGCAAAGCGUUUGAGACUUAUUGUUGGAAAGGACUCCAUAGACAUUGAUAUAUCUUCCAGAAGGAGAGAAGAUCAAUCCUUAAGACUCAAUGCAUAAAACACAUUUUAGAUUUGACCAGAACACUCAUUUCUAUCCCUAAGUUGAAUUUAUAAUUCCAUUGAAUUAUUCCUACAUUUUAGAUGGCACUUCCAUAUAUCGCUCGUCCAUGUCGUUAUGAACUGAAAUUGUAGAAAGUGUACAGCGAGCCAACUUCAAUUUUUCAUUUUUAUUCUCCUUUUUAACAGUCUUCUUACGUGCAAUUCUGAGUUGAAAAAGCGGGUCCUGUUGUACAUUACGGGAGGCAGUUGUAUAUAAUCCUAAAACUUUCCACGCAGGACGAUAAAUAAUGUGGCUCCUCAAUCAUACCUUUUUUUUUUUUUUUUUUUGCUUCUUCAUUUCAUAUGAACUCCUCUGUAUAAUACUUAUACAAAAAUAUCACAGCCGUGGCCGUUUUUUCUAGUAUGUUCUCACCAGCAGCAAAUCUGACCGACUUCUUUGCCAGUUUUUGUCUUGUCCAUCCUAAUUUCUGUCAGGAGCUCCUGUAAUUACACUGUAAAUGCUACAACGAUGCGUGUGGCCUUGGUUCCAAUUCUUCAUUCGAGUUCAACUAUGAUUUCUUCUAAAGGAAAACCUUUUAAACGACUUGCUUUGCUGAUCCAUUUAGUCCUAUGUACAGGCCAGGCACAAGCUAUAUGCACAAAUGGUAUAUUUAUUGCUUGUUCUAUAAAAAUAAGGCAAAAAAACACUUUUCAAAAAAUUUUUAGAUAAAAAUUGUUCUUUGCAAGAAUUGGUGCUUACAUUUUUUCAUUGAAAAAAUGCUGUGAAAUAAAAAAAAACAAAUGUGACAAGGAAGAAAUGUACCCGUUCGAUUGCCGCUGUCUAAAAUCACUUUGUAUUUUUCGUUAAUUUGUUUAAUUUUUGCACUUUGACAAGACUACAACGGACUGAAUAUCUUGAAUCGACUUUUAACAGUUUAGACGAAAUUAGUAAACUGAAAAGUUUCAGUCUUUCCUCCCGUGUAUAGUUUCAAAAACUGUAUAUACUAAUGUAUACUAAUGUAAAUAUGUGUUGUGAGGAUCCUUUUUUCUUUCUUUUUGCCAUUCAGAAAUGAUUUACCAUAUAUGGAAAAAAAAAGUUUUUAAGUUAAGUACUCAUGCCAAUAAAAUAGGAUAUUGUAAACCUAA